AUGAAAAAGGUCAAGGGUUACGGCGUUUACUGGGCCGGUCAUAUCAAGAACAAGAGCAUCGCACGCAAGAAUAAACAGUACAUCAAGGAUCAACGCUAUCUUUCUGUAUACAAAAAGUUGAUCAAGGACAAGAAGGAGGAAGAUACAGGUCUUCAUACCGAUGGUUCGGGAGCCCCUUCCAAGAGUACAGACACUAGGACAAAUGAUAGAGUUGUAGAUGAUGGACAAAAUGGCCACAUUGAGGCCACAAGUCCAUCUUGUGAAGAAUCCAGAGUCGACAAUUCCCCAGGGGAGCAGUCCGUAACAAUAAAACCACAAAUAGAGUCAGUAUAUCUCUAUGACGGAGAUGAGGAACAACCAGAAGUCGUGAAUGAACAGACAGAAACAUCAACUGUGGAAGAUGGUGAGACAAAGGAACGGAAAAGAACCGAGAAAACCCCAAAGGGAAUAUAUGCAAAAGCCCUAAAAAAACGACAGGAACUCGAAAAGGAGAAACAGAAACGAGAGAAUGAAAGAAUAGAAGAGAUAAAGAGGCGAAAGAAAGAAAUUAGAGAAAAGAAACAACAGAGAUAUGAAAGGCACAGACUUUUGGGCACCAAGACCAAAAAAGGACAACCAAUAAUGGCAAAUGUAGUAAAGUUUCUCAUGAAGAAACAUGUAAAGUAG